GAUAAAUGGCAUAUUCCCGCCACUAAGAGAAAGGGUCCCAUAUAGCAAGUAGGGGUCCCACAAAACCAACCGCUAUCAAAAAGUAGACGGAACGCUUAACUGCUUCACGAAACUCCCCUAUUCUCUUCACUUCGACUUUGACAUAGCCAAAGUCCAAAUAUGUUUCCAUGGUAAAGAGAUUGACUUUUACAAGGUUUCGAUAAGUUUAGUCUGUUUAGAUUAACUUCAAGGUUUUUUAGUCCUCGGAAAUGUCAGGUGGUGAAGAUCGAUUACAUUCUGAAGUCGUCGAGGGAACGAAGAAUGAACUUGGUAUAUCUAAGACACAAGAGAGAAAGCUGUCCCGUGAGAAGAUAAUCAGGAUACGAAAUGAUAUUGGAAUUACUUCUACCACAGAGAAAUUUCUGGGCAGUGAGGAGUUGAAGUUUGUAAAUGCUUUUCGACAAGUGCUGAUCAUGGAGAACCUGAUUCCUGCUAUGCAUGAUGAUAAUCUCAAAUUGUUAAGGUCAGCUUGCGCGCACCUCGAUUAUUUCCUGACACCUCCCACCAGCAACAGAUUUCUAAAAGCUAGAAAGUUUGACAUGGAGAAGGCUAAGCGCAUGUGGACAGAUAUGCUUCAAUGGAGGAGAGAUUUUGGAACUGACACUAUUAUCAAAGAUUUUGACUUCCAUGAAAGGGAUGAAGUCCUGCAAAACUACCCUCAGGGUUAUCAUGGCACGGAUAAGGAAGGAAGACCAGUUUAUAUUGAAAGAUUGGGGCUAAUGAAUGUGGAAAAGCUAUUGGAAGUGACUACAUUGGAUCGAUAUGUUAAAUACCAUGUUCAAGAGUUCGAGAAGUCUAUUGCCUGCAGGUUUCCUGCAUGCACUGUAGCUGCAGAAAGACAUAUAGACACAAGUGUUACCAUUUUGGAUGUUGAAGGAGUGCGUUUGAGGAAUUUCUCAAAACCUGUACGAGAAGUCAUUAUGCAGCUGCAGAAGAUUGAUAAUGACUUUUACCCUGAAACACUUGGCGAAAUGUUUGUCAUAAAUGCUGGACCUGGAUUUAGGCUUAUCUGGAAUAUACUCAAGCCUUUUCUUGACCCUGAGACCACUUCCAAGAUUCAUGUUCUUGGCAACAAUUAUAAAGGUAAACUGCUCGAAAUCAUCGAUGAAUGUGAGUUGCCAGAUUUUCUAGGUGGAAGCUGCACGUGUGAGAAUGAUGGUGGUUGUUUAAAGUCAGAUAAAGGGCCGUGGAGAAGACUCAAGACAUCAAUGAUGAGUUUUGGAGAGGAAGCAGAGUGUUUAGAGAACAUAGAGGCAACGCCGACCAAUAGGAGAAAACCAGCCACAGAUGACAGGUAAGUUGCUGUGAGACAUUUACUGCUGAAACAGGAUUUGAAUGUGAAGAAGGUACGUCUAGCAAUGUUUCUUCAUAUUUAUGUCACUGUCCAGUUUCACUGUGCAGUAAGCAUUCCCAAAUUCACGAGUCCAAGGAUACUUACUGCACAAGUUUAUGAAAUUUGGGAAUGGUAGAGCUGACUCUGAUUAACCAUUAUCAUUUGUAACAAUCACUAUAAAUCAUCUUUCAUCUUAGAAUUUCUAUUGAAAUUAUGACAUUAUCGGAAAUGAAGUCUCUCAUUAUAUCUUUUUCUUCAA